GAAAUGAGCAUUUGCCAUGCGGCCUGCCACCUUAAUAGCUACUAUUUUCCUGCCUUGGUGCCUGCCUUUCCCUGUACCCCCUGCUACACACCGUAGAGGAUUGGACUUUGUUACGGACUAUUUCCACCAGUUUUUCCUGCCCACGAAAGAGUCACCACUCCUCACCCAGAGGAGAGAGAUACAGCUCCUGCAGCAGCUCCCUCUAAAUGAGACAGACAUACAAAAUGAGCAGAUGCUGGCUAUGCAACAUCGGCCUCGCUGUGGAGUAACUGAGGUGGCCAACAGCUCCGUCUUCCCAGGAAGUUCCAAAUGGAAUAAGCACACUCUGACCUAUAGGAUUAUCAAUUACCCAAGAGAAAUGAAGCGAGACACAGUGAAAGACAUCAUACUUGAUGCGCUUUCCAUCUGGAGUAAUGUGACCUCCUUGAUCUUCCAGGAGGCAAAAAGCCAAGAUGCAGACAUCACGCUUUCUUUCUGGGACUUGGCCCAUGGAGAUGAUUGGCCCUUUGAUGGGCCAGGAGGUAUCCUAGGCCAUGCCUUUUUACCAGAUUCUGAUGCUCCAGGAGUUAUCCACUUUGACAAAGGAGAACACUGGUCAAAUUCAUACAAAGGGUUUAAUCUGUUCCUGGUUGCCAUUCAUGAGCUAGGUCAUUCUCUGGGCCUGAGGCACUCUGGAAGUCAGAACUCUAUCAUGUAUCCUAGCUAUGUGUAUCAUGACCCUAGAACCUUCCACCUUGGUGUUGAUGACAUCCAGAGAAUCCAGCAACUGUACGGUAUGUGUCUGCUGGAAGGGAGAGGGUUCUGGGGAGGAAAUUCCAAUGGAAGUUUGCUGUUUUCUUCUUUCUCCACCAGGAAAAAGAUGUUCAUCUGAAAUGUCCUAAUGCUGGCACAGAAGAAUAAUUCAAUAUGGCUUUUCAGUGGCUUCACUGAAGAAUCAAACAGGUCAAAGCACUGAAGCAGCCUUGGGGACUGCUUGAACUAACCCCUAAAGAGUGGAACCUAGUCAGAGCAGCUGAGUCAAAACUCAGAACACUUCUGUGUCACAAUUACGAUAGUUUUUAAGAAUAAAAUUUUGUUUUUACAAUU